AUGUCGCUUGGGGACUUGCUGCAGGCUCCGCUCCCGGCUUUCGACUUUGUGGAGUGCAUGUAUACGCUACUGUUAGAGAUGGAUGUGCGGUUCGCCACUGGAGCUGCCGCAAAGGCCCUUGCACAGCGCAAUCUCCGCAAUUACCGCCAGCAGCAGCUGUGGCUCUCCGAUCCCUCGUCGGCGGCCGGUGGCGGUGGCGGCGGCAGCAACAGCAGCAGCACGGCGACCGGCACUCUGGGUGGUGUGGCUGCCCCNUCGGCGGCCGGUGGCGGUGGCGGCGGCAGCAACAGCAGCAGCACGGCGACCGGCACUCUGGGUGGUGUGGCUGCCCCCUUCCUGCCGACGUCGUGGGAUAAUGAUUCUCCGAUGAAGUACUUCUACUUGAACCUCGAGCACAAUGCCUACACGACGGCGGGCGGCGUGCGUUACGAAGAGCUCAUUAUUCCGCUCUGCUCGCAGUUGACGCUCGCAUACCGAAGACUUGGGGAAUAUGAUGUAACGAGCAACGAUGAGGGCCUGAGGCGCAUCCUCUCCAUUGACCGCCGCCUUCAGCAUAUGUUCUUNUCCGUUGUCAGUAAAGAACUGGGGAAGAUAGCCCGUGGCAAGCUGCUGCAGCAGACAUUGUUGCUAUCAACUGACGGUCUCUUUGCUGGAAUUUGCAACACGCACGGAAACACGCAGAGCCUCCUGAAGGACCUCAUCCGUCAGCCAGCCAGCACUUCCGCUUCGGCACCGUCGAGGGCGCCGAAGGGCGGAGUCAGCAACAUCAGCAACAGCCUAAGCGGCAUGCAUGACACACCCAUGGUGGAUUCUGAUGAGGAGUUUGACGAAGAGGAUUUGUGA